AUGGAAUAUCGAUUUUUUUAUUCAAUCGAUGAAUGCGUAUUUAAUACAAAAUGGAAAACAAAAUCUAAUAUUGAAAAUCGCACAGAUAUAUAUUUUACUAUACCUAUCGCAUUGAAUGGUUCGGAUGAGUUUCAUAUUGAGCAUGGUCUUAAAUUACGAAAUAGACGCACUCUUGAACUUAAAGUACGUGAAAAACGAUAUUCGAAUGGACAAGAAUUUUGGUUGAAAACAAUACAUUCGAAUACAAAACUUCACAUUGAUAAUAUCGAUUCCAUUGUAAAAGUAUUAAACAAAUUGAAUGAAAAUAAACUUAUUGAGCGAUUAAAAUCCUCUCAGCCAAUUAUUGUCUGUUAUGUAAGUAAAUUUCGUCAGCAAAAAAACUUAGAAGGCAAUCUAAUUCAAGAGAUAACGGGUUUACAUUUGAAAUUUAUUCAAUUGAAUGAUCAAUCACAAAUUGGUAAGGAUUUAUUCUUUGAAACGGUUUGUAUUGAACGAUCCGAUUCGAAAUUAAUCGAUGAAAAAUUUAUUGAAAAUUUAUUUCAAGAAUAUAGAACUAUGACAAUCAAUCCGAUGGGUUAUCCAGAAUUUUUAUUUCAACAAUAUCAACAAGUAAUGAAUCAAUAA